CUCCCUCCCAUCGAGGAGAGCACCAACCUGGACACCCUGGUCAAUGUCCAGCAGUAAGACAUUCCGCGGCUGUUCUGCGGCUCCGCUGUGGCUAUUCUGGGGGUUCCUCUGCUGUUCUGCAGUUCCUCACCCACAAGCCAGCCUUCCGCGAGCUUGGUGAUAUGAUAUCUUGCAUUGCCCUGCUCUUGCCCACCCUCCUUUCUGUAUAUGGCUCCCUACCUCCCUACCACUCUCCAAUCAACCAUGAUCUCGCCUCUCUCUCCCUCUCCUUUGUGCAAAAUGAAAAGCUUUAUUCGACUCUUUGGCCAACGAUCUCACCCUGCUUAAAUACACCCAUAUUGUUGGUGACAAUGGCUAUCGGCCCUGCCUUGGAUACAUCUGUACCGCCCACAUCGCCGAUACAUUCAAGGAUGCCGCCGGUUCCGCGUUCAUCUUGCUCUACAGUGUGCAAUAUGUAGUCGAAAUCGCACCGUAUCCAGAGCCCGGGUCGAUCUUCAUAAGCAAUGGCCGAUCUGCGUGCGGAGACCGCACCGCUGGGACCGAUGGCAACAGCAGCGGCGAUCG